UGACCUGCGCGCCGCGCCGCUCGCAAGACAAGAUGGCCGACUCUAACCACGUCGUAUUCCCGCGCAAAUUACUAAGAAAAUUCAUCCUUUUAUACAAAGAGCUAUCAUGUUUAUGGGACAGAAAAUGUUUGAUGUACAAACAGAGGAAGAAACGGCACGAAGCUAUUACGAAAUUGACGGAAUUAGUGCAGGAGUACGAACCUACGGCGACCAGGGUCCACGUUUUGCGGAAGAUAGAAAGUUUGCGGGCGUGCAUGAGACGGGAACACAAGAAAGUGCAGGAUAGCCGUAUGCAGGCUAGCCAUGUCAACGAGGUUUAUUCUCCGCACUUGUGGUAUUACGAUUUGUUGUCGUUCGUGGUUGGAGAGGACGGGAGUGAGGCGAUUUGCGAUGAAAACGAUAAACAACAGUCACCUGAGCCGGAACAGGAAGACGAUGCUGACGAACCAAGUACGGAGCCAGAGCAAGAGGACUCGUACGACGAGAUGCAGAACUAUCAGCACUACGCCAUCGGGCAAACCAUGGUGGAAGUAAGCGGCUCGCCCAUACAGAAACCAUACAACUUUGAGGAAGACAAGUCUAAAAGGCACUGCACUGAAGUUGACGACGAGUACGAUGCGAUUGGUAUAAACGUAGCGGCAAAAUUAAGAGGUCUGCCUCCGAACAUGAGGAUACUAGCUGAGAAACUGAUCAACGAUGUAUUGUUCCAAGCCCAGAUGAACGGCCUGCAGUCUUCAACUGUCAUCACGACCCCGGACCCUUUCAAACAAGACGUGCUGUGAAUAAAGUAUUCGAUAAC